GCCCACUACACUCUCCACAAAUACGCCCGUAAGCGCAGUGCACCCUCACGCUGUCAGUCCGUCACACACACUCCGUCGCUCCUAAAAUCCCAGUCACGACUCACAAGCUCAGCGGACACGAAGCGCUGGUGUGACUAGAGCACGAAGCAGAAGCAUGGCUGCCCGCGCCACGGCAACGUUCCUCUCCGUCCUCUCCCUGCUCCUGCUCCGCGCCGGCGCCGACGACGACUCGGCGUUCGUGUACGCCGGCUGCUCGCAGGGGCGCUACGACGCCGGGACGCAGUACGAGUCGGGCGUGGACUCCGUGCUCACAUCCCUCGCCAACAGCGCGCCCUACGCCCCCUACGCCAACAUCACUUCCCCCUCGGCGUUACCCCCCGUGGCCGGCCUCUACCAGUGCCGCUCCGACCUCGCGGCCGCCGUCUGCACCGGCUGCGUGCGCUCCGCCAUCUCCAGGCUCUCCUCCCUCUGCUCCUGGUCCGCCGGCGGCGCCGUGCAGCUGCGCUCGUGCUUCGUGCGCUACGGGAACGACUCCUUCGUCGGGAAGCCGAACACUGCCGUGCUCUUCAAGAAGUGCGGCGGCUCGCCCGGGGACGCCGGCGGCGCCGCCAUGAGGGACUCGGCUCUCGGAGGGCUCGCGUCGUCGGUGGCGCCAGCAGGGGGAGGCUACCGCGCCGGCGGAGCGGGCGGCGUGCAGGCCAUGUCGCAGUGCGUGGGGGACCUCGACGCCAAGGCGUGCUCCGACUGCGUCUCCGCCGCGGCCGCGCAGCUCAAGGCCGGGUGCGGCUACGCCACCGCCGGCGAAGUGUACCUCGGCAAGUGCUACGCGCGCUUCUGGUCCAACGGUGGCGGCUUCGUCAGCGGCGCCGCCGGAUUUGUGCCGCGCAUGCACGGCAAGCAGGCAUGUAAGUACUACUUUGGAUUAAGUUAACGUGAUGGUUCGCUGCGACUGUUACCUGACGGUGCCGGCAUGGGAACUCAGGUCUUCACUGGAACGCUAGCGAGCUGCAAGCGAAACCGUAAGAAGGCUGGUGGUCGCAGGAUGUGCGCCGGUUUGGGCUAUGAUUGGGCCAACUUGCUCAGACGCUGCCUUUCUCUUUGGCCGUCCUUGUCCUCAUCGAUUAGCUAGCUCUCUUUUUUGUAGGCCAAAGGAACGAGCAGCAGCGAAAGUCCUCUUCUCCUCGCGAGCAAAGAUGCACCUAUCAUGAACAGUAAAUUCAGAAGAAGAAAGAAUGAUAGAUUCUUUAAGAGAUUCAGUUUUUUCUUGGCAAAGUUUUCAUGGAAUGACAUUCACGAAAGUCGUGAGACAAAAA